AUGUCACAAGAAGAGACAUUCCUGGGAGUUCCAUGCCACAAUGACAUCCAGCAGCCUAAACAGAGGAGCCGCCUCGGGCUCGUUGUGACGGGGUUCGUCGGGGGGUCACUCGUAGCUCUUUACGCGGUGGCGGCUCCGUUUGUGGCCCCUGCGCUGAGGAAGGUGUGUCUACCUUUCGUCCCCGCGACUACGGCCCAAGUUUCCAAUGUCCUCAGUGCCCUUCGAGCCAGGACAGGGACUUUGGUGGAUAUUGGCAGUGGAGACGGACGCAUAGUGAUAGCAGCGGCCAAGCAAGGCUUUCGGGCAUCAGGCUUUGAGUUGAACCCCUGGCUGGUGUGGUAUUCUCGUUACAAAGCUUGGAAACAUGGCGUCCAUCACACAACGUCUUUCCACAUAUCUGACCUCUGGAAGGUUAGUUUUGCGCAGUACCCCAAUGUUGUCAUUUUUGGAGUUCCCCAAAUGAUGGAAAGGUUGGAAAACAAAUUGUCCAAAGAGCUGCCCAGCACAGCCAAAGUGGUGGCUUGCCGAUUUCCUUUCCCCACUUGGAUCCCUGAACAAACUGUGGGGGAAGAUCCUCUGAAGCCGUUGCAGUGCAAGAUGGACACUGCCGAUGAAGCAGAUAUUUGCCGAGUUUGUCGAUCUGAAGGCACCCAGGACAAGCCUCUCUACCAUCCUUGUGUCUGUACAGGAAGCAUCAAAUUUAUACACCAAGAAUGUCUUCUCCAGUGGCUGAAACACAGCAGAAAAGAAUAUUGUGAAUUAUGUAAACAUCGCUUUGCAUUUACACCAAUCUACUCUCCAGAUAUGCCGCCGCGGUUGCCUGUACAGGACAUCUUUGCAGGGCUGGUCACAAGUGUAGGGACUGCCAUCAGAUACUGGUUUCACUACACUCUGGUGGCCUUUGCCUGGCUUGGUGUUGUGCCUCUAACUGCAUGUCGUAUUUACAAAUGUUUAUUUACUGGCUCCGUGAGCUCUCUCCUUACUCUACCAUUAGAUAUGCUAUCAACACAGAACCUGCUUGCUGAUUGUCUACAAGGUUGUUUUGUGGUCACGUGUACAUUGUGCGCCUUCAUCAGUCUUGUGUGGCUCAGAGAACAAAUAGUCCAUGGCGGGGCCCCUCAGUGGUUAGAACAAAACCCUGUCCCCCUGGUGCCCAACCCGCCACAUGGACCAGCUGCAGCCAACGAGGAUGGCAGAGGGAACGGUGCAGAGAACGGUCCAGUUGGUGCUGAUGCUGCUGAUGGUCAGAACCCUGCGGACCCAGCAGCGGCGGACCCACAUCAAGCCGGUCACCUUGGAGACGAGGCUGAGCUGGAGGAUGAAGACGAUGAUGAUGAUGAUGACGAUGAUGAUGAUGGAGAUGAAGAUGAUGAAGAGGUCAGAGAGGAGGGAGCAGCAGAGGCCAAUAACGGAGGACAAGAAGAUUUAAACUGGAAUGCGUUGGAAUGGGAUCGUGCUGCUGAGGAGCUGACUUGGGAGAGAAUGCUGGGCCUCGAUGGUUCCCUUGUUUUCCUGGAGCACGUCUUCUGGGUGGUGUCUCUCAACACACUUUUCAUUUUGGUGUUCGCGUUUUGCCCGUACCAUAUUGGCCAUUUCUCAGUGGUGGGAUUGGGCUUUGAAGAAUAUAUCGAAGCGUCACACUUUGAAGGGUUGGUGACCACAGUACUGGGCUACAUCCUUCUGGCUGGAGCUUUGAUUGUGUUUCACGCUUUUGCUUCUUUGGUAAAAUUCCAGAGAUCCAGACGUCUAUUGGGGGUCUGUUACAUUGUUGUUAAGGUUUCCCUCUUAGUUGUGAUGGAGAUCGGCCUGUUUCCCCUGAUCUGUGGUUGGUGGCUUGACAUUUGCUCAUUGGAUAUGUUUGAUGCUACACUUAAAGACAGAGAGCAAAGUUUUAACUCUGCGCCUGGCACCACACUGUUCCUCCAUUGGUUAGUUGGAAUGGUCUAUGUUUUCUACUUUGCAUCAUUUAUCCUGCUUCUCAGAGAGGUGCUCCGCCCUGGUGUGCUAUGGUUUCUGAGAAAUCUAAAUGACCCUGAUUUCAACCCAGUGCAAGAGAUGAUUCACCUGCCCAUUUACAGACACCUGCGGAGGUUCAUCCUGUCUGUGGUGGUCUUUGGCUCCAUAGUUUUGCUGAUGCUUUGGCUCCCAAUCAGAAUAAUCAAAUUACUCUUCCCCACCUUCCUCCCCUACAAUGUCAUGCUGUACAGCGAUGCCCCGGUCAGCGAGCUGUCAUUGGAGCUGCUGCUGCUGCAGGUGGUCCUCCCUGCGUUACUGGAGCAGGGUCACACCCGACAGUGGCUCAAGCGCCUCGUCCACGCCUGGACUUUUACUGUGGGAUACGUGCUGGACCUCCACUCGUACUUGUUGGGAGACUUUGAGGAGGAGGAGAACCAGCCCAAUAACAACAAUAACAACAACCCGCCUGGUCAUAACAACAACAGGAUACCUGGUUUGGGGGAGGGGCUUCACGCUGCUCAUCAGGCCAUUUUACAGCAGGGUGGUCCUAUUGGAUUCCAGCCAUACCAUCGGCCGAUGAACUUUUCUCUGAAGAUUACAUUGUUGGUGAUCUUUAUGUGUGUCACCUUGUUAAUGGCCAGUCUCAUCUGCCUUACUCUACCAGUGUCUGCCGGCCGCUUGCUGAUGUCGUUCUGGAUGGGUGGAGCUGUGGUCCAUGAGCUUUACACCGCAGCCAGUGGUCUGUACGUGUGCUGGCUCUCCAUCCGAGCCGCCACCAUGCUGUUGUCCUGGAUGCCUCAGGGACGAUCCGUCAUCAUGCUCAAAGUGCACGAGUGGACUGUCAUGAUUGUGAAGACGAUGGUGGUGGCCGUGUUGUUAGCUGGGGUUGUCCCUCUACUCCUGGGACUGCUUUUUGAGCUGGUCGUUGUGGCUCCACUCCGUGUCCCCCUGGACCAAACACCUCUGUUCUACCCUUGGCAGGAUUGGGCUCUGGGUGUUCUCCACGCUAAAAUUAUUGCAGCAAUAACACUAAUGGGCCCCCAGUGGUGGCUCAAAACAGUCAUUGAACAGGUCUAUGCUAAUGGUAUUCGGAACAUCGACCUGUCUUACAUUGUGAGGAGACUUGCUGCACCAGUCAUCUGUGUGCUGCUGCUGUCUCUUUGUGUCCCGUAUACUGUCUCUAAAGGAGUCACGCCGCUGCUGGCUGUGCAGCCAGAAAUGCAAACACUGGUGGAAAGAAGGAUUUACCCGUUCCUGCUAAUGAUGGUCGUCAUAUUAGCCAUUUUGUCCUUCCAGAUUCGCCAGUUCAAAAGACUGUACGAGCACAUUAAAAACGACAAAUACCUGGUCGGACAGAGACUGGUGAACUAUGAACGUAUAAACACCAGUUCAUCCUACAGCGCUCCACCUUGA